UAAUGGCGUUUUUAAUGAAAACGCCGAAAAAAAAAAUCAAAAUCCCCAAUUUUUGAUUAGCCGCUCGUUAGUCCCCAAAUCCCCCAAAUAACUCUCAAAAUUUGCCCCCAAAUUUCCCAUUUCCAGCAACAUUCUUUGUCUCUGCAUCUUUAGGUUCUUCGGCCGUUUCUCCUUCGUAGAUUGAAAUCCGAUGUUGAGAAAGGUUUGCCUCCCAAAAAGGAAAUUAUCCUGAAAGUGGGAAUGUCCCAGAUGCAGAAACAGUACUAUAGGGAUUUGCUGCAAAAGAUCUUGAGGUUGUAAAUGCUGGUGGAGAGCGUAAGCGUCUUCUGAACAUUGCAAUGCAGUUGCGCAAAUGUUGUAAUCACCCAUACCUUUUCCAAGGUGCUGAACCUGGACCUCCAUAUACAACAGGAGACCAUCUUGUUACCAGUUCUGGAUUGGACCGUUUGCAAAGGAUGUUCGCCGGUGCUGGCGGCGCUUUGGGUCAUCCGCCGCCGGAUUCCCCGACCCUUGAUUCUUCGGAGCAGGUCUAUAUCUCCUCUCUCGCCCUCCUCAAAAUGCUCAAGCAUGCUGUUAACAAAGAUGAGUUGCUUCAAAUGGUGAGGUUUGGUGCUGAAAUGGUCUUCAGCUCCAAGGAUAGCACAAUUACGGAUGAAGACAUUGAUAGAAUCAUUGCCAAGGGAGAAGCAGCGACAGCGGAACUUGAUGCCAAGAUGAAGAAAUUUACUGAGGAUGCAAUUAAAUCCAAGAUGGAUGAUACUGCUGAAUUGUAUGAAUUUGAUGAUGACAAGGACGAGAACAAGUUUGACAUCAAGAAAAUUGUAAGUGAAAACUCGAUUGAGCCCUCAAAAAGAGAGCGGAAGCGGAAGGAAGAGUCUACCUGGCAUUUGCUGAUGAGGUACUGUGCUGGCUUUACGGAACAGUCAAAGAGAGAAAAUCCCUAGAGAUUUGACAGAGGCAUCGGUAUCGGGUGCAUGGUUGUCCAUUGCAACUGCAUUGGCUAUGAUAUUUUUAUUUGGAAUGGAACUGAAUAAAUAUUUAACAGUCAGCACCUCGACAUCUAUUAUUAUUGAAAAUUGUUCUGAUGGGGACUUUUUACGCAUUGAUUUUAACAUCAGGAGGAUGGGUUGCUUCACACUGCUUGCGGGACUCCAAAUUAUGUUGCUCCGGAGGUGCUCAAAGAUAAAGGUUAUGAUGGUACAUCAUCUGAUAUUUGGUCUUGCGGAGUUAUUCUCUUUGUUCUCAUGGCUGGUUAUUUGCCUUUUGAUGAGCCAAGCUUUAUAGGCUUGUAUAAGAAACGUAUAACUAUUCUUGAAAUUCUACAAGAUGAAUGGUUUAAGAAAAGUGGCGGUGGAGACGACGGGGGCGCGUGAGCACGUGCAGACUCCCGGAUGGAGGUCCGGUGACCCUUCGACUACCUCUCCCCAACUCUCUUUCAGAGAGUUUUUCCUUUUUUUUUUUAGAACAGAUUUCAAAUGAUUUAAAACUAAAGGUUUGGCUUAUCUAGCCCUAACAGAACGACGCCGUUUUAGCUUAAACUAAUAAGCUUAAAACGACGUCGUAUUAAGACUAAGGAUCCGCGCGUUGACCCGAUUACCUGGGAAGGAUCCGCGUGUUUUUAAAGAUUGGGUUAAUUACCCAAUUGGUCCUUCCGCCUUUUUUGUAUUUACAAUUAUGUUUCAUUUUAUUUUGAUUUAGCCCUAAUAUUUUGUUUCA